CUCGACCUUGUGAAUACAAACCCUGUGGAUAAGUACUGUAGCUUUUAGCAGGGUUAGCUAAGGCUCUCUCUCUCUCACACACACUCAGUGUGUUAAAGUCAAUAGUCUUCCCGGACAUUAAACCGCCCAUUUUCAUUUUCUCCAUAGCAGAUUUGUUAGAAAGGCUUGUUCUCCCCUGAUGAUGCAGCACUCUGUCUGUUAUCGACUGCUGAAGGUCUGAAGUGAACUUUCUCACGAGUGUCUUCACAGGCAUCUGUGAUCCGUUUUAAACCUGGACAACCUUCAAAUGUUGCCCCUGUGUUUGGGGAUUUUUAGAGCUGAAGGAAAAAGUGAGAGUGGAGAAAACUUUGAAGCUAAAAUAGUCCAAAAAUCUGCGGAGUCAUCAGUGGAAGAACAAAGGUUUUUGCUUCUGUGAAUAAUGUUCUCCAGUCUGAGGUGGACCAGGAUCUGCAGACCCGAGGUGAUAUCACACAGAAAGGUUAUGAGAAGAAGAGAUCCAAGCUGAUCGGAGCCUUCUUCCCUCAGUCACCAGGAAUGGAUCCGCCCUCGAGUCAGGAGAGGAGACCGCCCGUCACCCCGUCCUCGUCCUCACGCUACCACCGCCGGCGCUCGUCAGGCUCCAGAGACGAACGCUACAGAUCUGAUGUUCACACAGAGGCCGUGCAGGCGGCGCUCGCCAAACACAAAGAGAGGAAGAUGGCUGUGCCCAUGCCGUCCAAACGCCGCUCCCUGGUGGUCCAGACCUCCAUGGAAGCCUACACACCACCAGACACUUCCUCAGGCUCGGAGGGCGAAGGUCAGGGCGACGGCGAUGAAGGAGAUGACGGUGAAGAAGAGGACGGAGGCGGCGGCGGCGGAGGAGGCGGGACCUCGUCCAGUCGAGAAGGAAGCAUCAGAAUGGAGCACUGGAUCAGCCGGGCCAUGCACGGUACCUCCUCCACCACCACAUCUUCCACCGCCUCGUCCUCCUCCUCCUCCACGCGCAGUGGAGGCAGCGGAGCGGCCGCCGGCAGGUUAGCCGACGCCCUGGUGCAGCACGUCCACAUCUCCGCCCACCAUCACCACCGCCAACGGCAACGCCACCAUCACCACCACAAGACAGAGAACCACUCUGCUCCUCCAGACGUCACCGGUUACACCAACAACACGACCAGCACCACCGGCACCAACGCUGCUGAUGGGAUCCAGGCGGAGCGAGCCCCCGGCGCCCAGACCGCGGCCCAGAGACAGACGCCCAAGUACGGCAACGCCGAGCUGAUGGAGACCGGAGACGGUGUUCCAGUCAGCAGCAGAGUUUCAGCCAAAAUCCAGCAGCUCGUCAACACGCUGAAGAGACCCAAGCGACCGCCGCUGCGAGAGUUCUUUGUCGACGACUUCGAGGAACUCCUGGAGGUCCAGCAGCCGGACCCGAACCAGCCCAAGUCGGAGGGCGCUCAGAUGGUGGCCCUGCGAGGCGAGCAGCUGGGCGUGGUCACUAACUGGCCCCCGUCCCUGGAGGCGGCCCUGCAGAGGUGGGGCACCAUCUCCCCUAAGGCCCCCUGUCUCACCACCAUGGACACCAAUGGCAAAACAGUCUACGUGCUGACCUACGGAAAACUGUGGUCCAGGAGUGUGAAGGUGGCCUACAACCUGCUGCAUAGACUGGGAACCAAACAGGAACCACUGGUCAGACCUGGAGACCGGGUGGCGCUGGUGUUCCCAAACAAUGACCCCGCUGCGUUCAUGGCCGCUUUCUACGGCUGCCUGCUGGCUGAGGUCGUACCUGUGCCAAUAGAAGUUCCUCUGACCAGGAAGGACGCCGGCAGUCAACAGAUUGGCUUCCUGCUGGGCAGCUGCGGUGUGACAGUGGCUCUGACCAGUGACGUCUGUCACAAAGGAUUACCCAAGAGUCCCACAGGAGACAUCCCACAGUUCAAAGGCUGGCCCAAGGUGCUGUGGUUUGUCGCUGAAUCCAAACACCUCUCCAAACCACCACGGGACUGGUUCCCACACAUCAAGGACGCCAACCAGGACACUGCCUACAUUGAGUAUAAAACCUGUAAGGACGGCAGCGUCCUCGGCAUCACAGUGAUGAGGAUAUCCAUGCUCACGCACUGUCAGGCGCUCACACAGUCAUGCUCUUACACAGAAGCUGAGACCAUAGUGAAUGUGUUAGACUUGAAGAAGGACGUGGGACUGUGGCAUGCUGUCCUCACAAGUGUGAUGAACAUGAUGCAUGUCAUCAGUAUUCCUUACGCUCUCAUGAAAGUCAACCCUCUAUCCUGGAUCCAAAAAGUCUGUCAGUUCAAAGCCAAGGUAGCGUGUGUGAAGUCUCGGGACAUGCACUGGGCUCUGGUCGCUCACCGAGACCAGAGAGACGUCAACCUGAGCUCACUGAGGAUGCUGGUGGUGGCUGAUGGUUCAAAUCCCUGGUCCAUUUCGUCCUGCGACGCUUUCCUCAACGUCUUCCAGACCAAAGGUUUGAAGCCGGAGGUCAUCUGUCCGUGUGCCAGCUCCCCCGAGGCCCUCACUGUAGCUAUCAAGAGGCCGUCAGAGGAAGGCAGCACUCCUCCAGGUCGCGGCGUGUUGUCCAUGCAGGGUCUGAGUCACGGCGUCAUCCGGGUUGACUCAGAGGAGAAGCUGUCCGUCCUGACACUGCAGGACGUCGGCACCGUCAUGCCUGGAGGUUUGAUGUGCGUGGUCAAACCUGAAGGUGUCCCUCUGCUCUGUAAAACUGACGAGAUCGGGGAGUUGUGCGUCUGCACCGUCGCCACGGGAACCUCAUAUUUUGGUCUGGCUGGCAUGACCAAGAACACAUUCGAGGUUUUCCCGAUGUCGCACAGCGGCGCCCCCUUCAGCGAGUUUCCCUUCACCAGGACAGGUCUGCUGGGUUUUAUCGGACCCGCUGGUUUGAUCUUUGUUGCGGGGAAGAUGGACGGUCUGAUGGUGGUUGGCGGGCGCCGGCACAAUGCCGACGACAUCGUUGCCACGGCGCUCGCUGUGGAGCCAAUGAAGUUUGUCUACAGGGGCAGGAUAGCAGUGUUCUCCAUCACAGUUCUCCAUGACGAGCGGAUCGUUGUUGUUGCUGAGCAGCGUCCAGAUUCCACUGAGGAGGACAGUUUCCAGUGGAUGAGCCGAGUACUGCAGGCGAUCGACAGCAUCCACCAGGUGGGCGUGUACUGCCUGGCUCUGGUUCCCUCCAACACUCUGCCCAAGACUCCGCUGGGCGGCAUCCACCUGUCAGAGACCAAGCAGCUGUUCCUGGAGGGGGCGCUGCACCCCUGUAACGUGCUCAUGUGUCCGCACACGUGCGUCACCAACCUGCCCAAACCACGGCAGAAGCAGCCAGAGAUCGGUCCCGCGUCUGUGAUGGUCGGUAAUCUGGUGUCAGGGAAGAGGAUUGCUCAGGCCAGCGGUCGAGAUCUGGGUCAGAUCGAAGACAACGACCAGUUCCUCUUCCUGUCCGAGGUUUUACAGUGGAGAGCUCAGACCACACCGGACCAUGUCCUGUACACACUAAUCAACUCCAGAGGAACCAUAGCUAGCACUCUGACGUGCGUCCAGCUACAUAAGCGAGCAGAGAAGAUCGCCGCCAUGUUGGCUGAACGGGGCCACCUGCAGGACGGAGACCACGUCGCACUGGUUUAUCCUCCAGGCAUGGACCUCAUUGCAGCAUUUUACGGCUGCCUGUACGCCGGCUGCGUGCCGAUCACGGUGCGACCUCCUCACCUGCAGAACAUCGCCACCACGCUGCCCACCGUCAAGAUGAUCGUGGAGGUCAGCCACUCAGUGUGUGUGAUGACCACGCAGCUCAUCUCUAAACUGCUGAGGUCAAAGGAAGCUUCAGCGACUGUCGAUGUCCGGACCUGGCCUCCUGUCCUGGACACAGACGAUUUGCCAAAGAAAAAACCUCCACUGCUUUAUAAACCGUCUGAUCCUGAUACUCUGGCCUACCUGGACUUUAGUGUCUCCACCACAGGCAUGCUGGCUGGAGUCAAGAUGUCUCACACAGCCACCAGUGCCUUCUGUCGCUCCAUAAAGCUGCAGUGUGAGCUUUACCCGUCCAGAGAGGUCGCCAUCUGCUUGGACCCGUACUGUGGCCUGGGCUUCGUCCUCUGGUGCUUAUGCAGUGUGUACUCAGGUCAUCAGUCCAUCCUGAUCCCUCCGUCAGAGCUGGAGGUGAACCCGGCUCUGUGGCUGUCGUCCGUCAGUCAGUACAAAGUACGUGACACCUUCUGCUCCUACAGCGUCAUGGAGCUGUGCACCAAAGGCCUGGGCCUGCAGACUGACUCGCUCAAGUCCAGAGGCGUGGACUUGUCCCGCGUGAGGACGUGCGUGGUCGUGGCAGAGGAGCGUCCCAGGAUUGCGCUCACGCAAUCCUUCUCCAAACUCUUCAAGGACCUGGGUCUGCACCCUCGAGCGGUCAGCACGUCGUUCGGCUGCAGGGUGAACCUGGCCAUCUGUCUGCAGCCUCACAGGCUGGGAAAGCUUGCCGAGCAGGGAACGUCGGGACCUGACCCCACCACCGUCUUCGUGGACAUGAGAGCGCUGCGACAUGACAGAGUCAGACUCGUAGAGAGAGGAUCACCACACAGUCUGUCACUCAUGGAAUCUGGGAAGAUUCUUCCUGGAGUCAGAAUCAUAAUCGCAAACCCAGAGACUAAAGGACCAAUGGGAGAAUCACAUCUGGGAGAAAUCUGGGUCCACAGUGGUCAUAACUGCAGUGGCUACUUCAGAGUGUACGGGGACGAGGUUCUGCAGUCAGACCACUUCAGCUCCAGACUCAGCUUUGGAGACACACAGAGCGUCUGGGCCAGGACCGGCUAUCUGGGCUUCCUGCGCAGAACUGAACUCACUGAUGCCAGCGGAGAGCGUCAUGAUGCUCUGUAUGUGGUUGGAGCUCUAGAGGAAACCAUGGAGCUCAGAGGAAUGAGAUAUCAUCCCAUCGACAUCGAGACGUCCGUCAUCAGGACUCACAAGAGCAUCACUGAGUGCGCCGUCUUCACGUGGACAAACCUGCUGGUGGUGGUGGUGGAGUUGGAUGGUUCUGAACACGAGGCUCUGGACCUGGUCCCGCUCGUCACUAACGUGGUCCUGGAGGAGCAUUACCUCAUUGUGGGCGUGGUCGUGGUCGUUGACAUCGGCAUUAUCCCGAUCAACUCCCGUGGCGAGAAGCAGCGCAUGCACCUGCGCGACGGCUUCCUGGCCGAUCAGCUGGACCCCAUCUACGUGGCCUACAACAUGUAGUGCCACAUGUAGGUGGCAAAGCCUGAUGGAGGAUCACGAGACUGAGGAGAAUAUAAUCUGAUAAUCUGAGGCUGCAUUCUUUCUGACGCUGGCGGAAGAAAUAGAUAUUUUUUUACCCUGGAUUUUGUCUCUCAGGCGACGUGAGGCUCCGUGUCAUGACAGUCAAGGUCGCGUUCAGGUCUGGUUUUUUAACGAAAGACUGAGAGGAAAAAGAAAGUAUGACGAGGACGGACGAAGACAGAAGAGGACGAUGAGGGCAGACGAAGAAAGACGAGAACAGAAGAGGAUGACGAGGACAAGCAAGGAAAGACAAGGACAGACGAGAACACCAAGGAAAGACGAGACAGAUGAGGACAAUCGCCAACGUAGCAAAGAUUCUGUCGCGUUUGUUUUUUAUGUUUUUUUGUUUAACAAUUUACACGACAACCAAAACUGUGGUAACCAUGGUUAGGUUAUUUUUUUAUAUGGUAUCAACCAUCAACGUGAAAAAGGGGCGGGGUCAAGUUAUGUUUUCCCGAAGAGGUACUAACCGUGUUAGCUCUUUUCUUUUUGUAUUUUUAAAUAUCACAGUUUUUGGGUUUUUUUUAAAUUCAAACGUUAAUUUCUGAACACUUUGUUCUGUCUCAGCAAGCUAACAGCUAAUGGCUAACGUUAACGUUUAUUAACGCUCAUAUCAUGUAAUUAUGUACAAAAAGAAACUGAUUUAAUUUAUUUUGUCUCUUUUAGAAAAAGUAUAUGAAUGUUCAAGAAUGUUAUUUUUGCUCUUGGAUAAUUUGCUAAUAUAAAAACAGGAAAAAAACCAAACAAACACUAAAAGCGUCAUAUUAUCACGAGAGACCAGAUGUCGAGGUUAUUACGGGGGAAAUAUAAAUAUAUAGAUUCUAUUAUAGAAAAAAAGUCGUAAAAAAGACCGAAGAGGAUUUUUUUAUCUGCACGUUUGUCCAAAAAGUUCGGGAAAAUUGAAGAGUUUCAUUCCUCCGAAGGGUUCAGUUUGACUCAUGAACGUUAAGUUUUAAAACUCACUGAAUAAAAUCUAUAUCAGUUUAAGUUCACGUCUUUAUUUCACUGUUUCACAGGAAACUGAAGUUUGGUAAGGAG